UAGCAAUUGGCAUGCAAAUUUCGCGUGAUCUGGACUCGACACCUGAGGCGCCCGCCAGCAGCGACCAAGCUUGGCGGCGUUCGUGCUCGCGUCGAUCUCUUUCACGCCGACCGAGGCUGGUCCUGACCGUCAUUCAACCCAUUGCGACAACUCCGGUUGUUGCAUCCUCCCUCAUUGAGAUCUCCAUUCAUCGGCCCUUCAUAUUAUACACCGUCAUCUAUUUCCGACAUGGCCGACAUCACUAUAACGGAAGGCGAGUUUAAACUCCCGGACGGCACGGUCCUGUACCAAAAGACGUGGUCGCCCGCUACCCCCAAGGCCAAGUUGGCCCAUUUCCAUGGCUUCAGUGACCACAUCAACAACUACAACGACUUCUUCUCUUUGCUGGCUCGCCAUGGUAUCCUCUGUUCUGGCAUCGACGGGCGUGGCUGGGGCCGCUCGGCCCCGAAAAAGUCCGACCGGGGAAACACAGGGCCAACCUCCUUGACGCUGGCCGAUAUGGCCGCCUUCAUCGAGUCGCAGAAGACCGACGUCUUCCCUGAGCUUCCAUUGUUCGUCAGUGAUCAUUCCAUGGGCGGUGGAUUGGUGGCCACCUUCGCCUCGACUCCGAAGUAUCAACCACUCGUAUCCUCCCUUCGUGGUAUCCUGUGCUUGGCGCCGUUGAUGGGACUUACUCCGGAGCAGACCCCGAGCUCUGUCACGGUCUUUCUGGGCCGACUAGCAGGCAAGGUCCUGCCGCGCUUCCAGCUCGUGGAGAAAAUGCGCGUGGAAACCCUAGUGCGCGACCCGGAGGUGCAGCGGAGCCUGAAAGAGGACCCGUUGAACCAUGCCACGGGAACCCUGGAAAUGUUUGCUAAUAUGCUUGAUCGUAUGAUCGCCCUAGAUGAGGGCAAGCUGGUCCUGGUUGAUGGCGUGCAGUCUGUGUUUUUGGCGCACGGAACUGGGGAUAAUUGUACCAGUUACGAUGCGAGCAAAAGGUGGUUUGAGAAGCAGACGACUCGCGUACCUGAGACGGAGAAGUUGCACAAGUCCUACGAUGGAUGGAGCCAUCUUUUGCAUUCGGACUUGCCUGAGAAUGUCCCAGUCUAUGCUGACGAUAUUGCUACUUGGAUUCUGGGGAGGUCUGCUGCUUAGACUUUGUUCAUCAUUCGGAUAUAGUGGACAAGUUCCUGUUGUUUUCGGGUUAUAUAUAUAUAUGGGUUGAUUCGUACACCAUCAGCUACCCUCGUGGUGGUCACUAAUGAGAGUUGCCUCUUUUAU